GAGUGUUUGGGACUCACAGAUUUGAGAUGGCAGCCGCCGAUCCGUCUGCAUGGAAUGGCUGGUGUGCGUCUCAGUUACAGAUCGUACUUCUGGGAGGCAGGAACUCUGGGAAGAGCUGUGUGGGGAACCUGCUCCUGGGGAAAGAGGAGUUUGUGACCCGGGAGAGGACGGCGUGCUCCCGCCGGCUGGGCGUGGCGGCCGGACGCCGGCUCACGGUGGUGGACACCCCCGGCUGGUGGUGCGACUUCGGCGUCCGGGACACGUCGGAGCUGGUGAAGCGGGAGAUCGUCUCGGGCGCCGCGCUGUGCUCGCCGGGCCCCCACGUCUUCCUCAUCACGGUCAAGGCCGACUCGGCCUUCUCGGAGCGGCGGCGGCGGGCCGUGGAGGAGCACGUGGCCCUGCUGGGGGACGAGGUGUGGAGCCACUGCAUGCUGGUUCUCACCUCUACUGAUGGACGGCAGCAGGCCGGAGCAGAGGAGUGUGUGGAGAGGGGGGGGGACGCCCUCCGAUGGCUCGCCGAGAAGUGCGGUCGGAGGUGCCACCGCCUCGUCCUGAGGGACGGCGCCGACGCCGCAGAGCUGCUGGAGAAGAUCCACACACUGGUGGAGGAAAACGGAAACAGGGUGUAUGAGAUGCAGGAGGACGUCUUACGGGCCAACGCAGAGGAGAUGAGGGAGGUGGAGCGAAGGGCUCAGCUGAGGCUGAUGAGGAUGAAGCAACACAGAUCUCUGAUGAGAGAGAGGCUGAGGCCGGUCACUGAUAUCCGGUUGGUGCUGCUGGGAGCAAAGGGUUCUGGGAAGACUUCAGCUCUGAACACCAUCCUGGGUCGAGACGCCGCCGGGCCGCUCCGGAGAACGGCUCGCUGCCGGGCCGCGCGGGGCCUGGUGUUCGGGCGGCAGCUGACCGUGGUGGACACGCCGGGCUGGUGGAUGAACUACUACUGCGACGAGACCCCCGCCUUUGACCGGAGGGAGCUGGCGCUGAGCCUGUCCCUCUGCCCCCCCGGCCCCCACGCCUUCCUGCUGGUGGUCCGCGUGGACCGGGCCUUCACGGAGACCUACAGGAGGGCGGCGCAGGAGCACCUGGAGCUGAUCGGCGAGCGCAUCUGGAGCCGCGUGCUCCUGCUCUUCACCUUCGGCGACUGGCUGGGCGGGACCACCACCGAGCGCCACAUCGAGAGCGAGGGCCGGCCGCUGCGCUGGCUGGCCGACAGGUGCGGCAACCGGUACCACGUCCUGAACGGCCAGACCAGGGGGGACGGCUUUCAGGUGCGGGAGCUGGUCAGGAAGGUGGAGGAGAUGAUGGGCGGCGGCGACGGCUGGCACUACGAGAUCGAGAGGAGCGCGCUGGAGCAGCUGGAGAGGACGAUGAGGCGGGAGGAGCGGCGGGCCGAGGAGAGGCUCGACAGGAGGCAGAGGCAGCGGCAGACGGCCAAGUCGCACAUGGAGAGGCUGAACGCCCCGCCGGAGAUCAGGAUCGUGCUCCUCGGCGGCAGGAAGACGGGGAAGAGCUCCUGUGGGAACACCAUCCUCGGCAGACCGAGCUUCGACGCCAACACCCGAACCUCCACCUGCGCCGAGAAGCAAGUCUCCAUCCGGGGCAAGACGGUGACGGUGCUGGACACCCCGGGGGGGUUCCCCGUGACCUCCGACCUCCUGACGCCCUCCUGCGUCCUCCUCCUGGUCGUCAACGCCAGCGGCUCGUUCGGGGACGGACACAGGGAGGCGCUGGAGGGGCAGAUGGAGGCCGGGGGGCUCGAACCGUGGAGCCGGGCCGCCGUCCUGUUCAGCCACGGCGACUGGCUGGGAGACACCGCCGUCGAGCAGCGCAUCGAGAGCGAGGGGGCGCCGCUGCGGGCGCUCGUCGACAGGUGCGGGAACAGAUACCACGUGUUGGACAACAAGCGCGGCGGCGACGGGGCUCAGGUCCUGGAGCUGCUGGAGCUGCUGGAGGAGACGCUGGCCGGGGAGAGGAUGGCGUCGCUCCGCAGGGGGGACCACAUGGGGAGCCAUGUCUCUGCUGCAGGAGGGCGGCGGGCGGAAGCAGGGCCGGGCUGCGGUCAGGGGUCACAGGAGGUCGACGGGCAGCAGCUGCACUGUGACCUGCCCGACUCAACCGCUUCCGCCUCUUAUCCAUCACCGGAUUCCUCGGAGGGUUCAGAUGCUUCCCAGGUCGUGGUGUUGCGAGCCAGAGGAGGAGCCAGAGGAGGAAGAGGAGGAGCAGAGGCCAGAUUCACUGUCGUCGACGGCUUCUUGUCGUACGUGGCGGCUGUGCUCUCUGGGAGGCGCAGAGCCACGUGGCCCGCGGUGGAUUUACCCUUCCAGCUCUGCCGCCCUCUGAGAGGCAGCCUGGUCUCAGGGAUGGUGCUGGUUUCUCCUCACGCGCAGCGCCGGAUGCUGGCGGAGGAGGAGGCGGAGGCGGUGAGCGUGCACGCCCUGUGCCACCCGGCGCUGAGGGAGCGGACCCUCAGGAGGCUCUACCACAGCGGAGGCCUGCAGGCCCUGAUCGACCAGUGGGGGGACAGCAGCCUGGAGGAGCUGGAGGCCUUCAUCGACUCCUACUUCCAGAUGGUGUGGGAGCAGACCAUGGGCUCAGAUCAGGCCUCUGAACCCGACUGUCCUGCCCCAGAGGAGGGGGAGGAAGAGGAGGAGGAAGAUCAGGAGGAGGAGGUGCUUUCGUCCAUCGACAGGAAACUUACAAAGCUGGAGCUGCUGGAGGAGAUAAAGAGUGACCUGGCAGAGCUGAGGCAGAGUCUGGAGCGCAGCUGGAAAGCCAUCGAGGAGCUCAGACACAAAAACAAGCAGGAGGCUGAAAGGAAAAGCACACAUCCGCAGGGAAGCAAUGUCUGA